AUGUGGUGGCGCAGGCAUCAUCCGCGGGCCCAACCGUGCCUUGUCUACGAGGUUGUACCUGGUUGCCAGACUCACCCUACCUACCGCUCUCUAGCCCAGUGCCCACGAUGCCCACGAUGCCCACCUGGGGCGCCCUUGUUGUCGCGGAGAGUUGUACGGCUUGGCUUUGGCCAGACCAACAAACAGCAGGCUGGUGCCGCCUCUUGCAGCCAGCCAUGCGUGUCCGCUAUCCUGUAUGUGCAUCCAUCCAUACAUUGGUGGUACAUGCAGUCUGUACACCUCCCCGGUCGUUGGUGA